AUGGGUGACUUUAAUGCCAUCAUUAACCUAAACAUAGAUAAAACACCACCAUCAAAAAAGAAUAACAACAAGUCAAACCUCAUUGAAUUCCUAAUUGACAAAAAUUACAUAGACACCCAAAAAUACGCAUUUGACAAACACACUGAACACACAUGGCAAAGAAAUGCUAGCAGCAGUAGAAUUGACUUUAUUUGGGUAGAUAACAAUAUAUUUGAUAAAAUAACAAAAAUUAAUAAACCUUAUAUUCCCAACUACAAAACAGAUCAUAAAUGCCUAAGCAUAGAUUUAAACAUAAAAAUUAAAAAUUGGAAGACAACAUCAAACAUAGAAAGAUAUGUUUACAAUUGGGAAAAUACCAAACAAAUUAACAAUUAUAAAAAGAAAACCAACAAACUUGCUGCAAAAAUCAAUGAAAAUAAAUCCAUACUAAACAAUAUAGAAUCUCUGUGGUCCCUGAUAAAAUACAACUUGAUCAAAGCAAGUGACAAAAAAAUCACAAAAACAAAAAUAACAAAUUAUAAAAACACUAAUAACCAAAUUAAAAAUAUUCAAAAACAUCAAAAAUCUUAA